UUCUUAGGAGGUGAUAUGCCUAAAAAAAAAAAAAUCGGUGCGUUUCGAAAGAGCUAUACAUGCAUAAAGCUCUGAGCCAAAACUGAGUCUCUCUCUUCUUCUUGGCCUACUGUUUAGCUUCAAAAAAAUUCGCUCUCUCUUAAUCGCCAACUAUGCAGGCUAGUGAUAGGUUUAAUAUCAAUUCCCAACUUGAGCAUCUCCAAGCUAAAUAUGUUGGUACUGGGCAUGCCGAUUUAAACAGAUUUGAAUGGGCCGUGAACAUUCAAAGGGAUAGCUAUGCAUCAUAUGUUGGCCAUUACCCGAUUUUAGCCUAUUUUGCUAUUGCUGAAAACGAAUCAAUUGGAAGGGAACGCUACAACUUUAUGCAGAAAAUGCUUUUGCCUUGUGGUCUCCCCCCUGAAAGAGAGGAUGAUUGAGAGUUGUCAUUAAGACAUCAGCCGAGGCAUUCGAAAACUCUUGGGUUUCUCACGCAUAAAGACUUUGCUUUUGGGAUUUGCAUGUCUCUCUAUCUGUGAAUUGGAGUAGUAUUAUUUGUAUGUGACAUUAAUGAAAAUGAAUGCUAAUUUCGGUGGCUUAUUUAUGGUUGUUGUCUUGUUUAUGAAAUUGUAAGCAUUAGUUAUUCGAAGCUUUGGUAAUUUCGGAGUGUGAAAGGUUUAUGAGACUGUCUAGCUUCUGAUCAACUUCAAAUUGCAACAAAGAACUGAUUUACUGUUUGUAUAAAAAGAAGCUUGCCAAUGCUAUCUGACCAUCCUUUCGUGUAGAAAGAAAA